GUCCGGACAUCCGCAUAAAAACGGAAGUUGAACUUUAGCCAUCGUACGCGAGACGACAUCAACUCCUGGUCUUUACUUUCUGCCUUUUUUCUUCCCUUCUCUUCCAUUUUCCCUUUGAUCUUCUUUUUCCAUGGCGCCACCGUAUACCUAUCCUGUGGCUGGCGCUCUCUUCUUUCUUCGCCACCCAUCUCAAUUGUGGCUGAAAACAUUAUGUCCGUUGCUCUUGACAUUGGGCUUUGGCUUGGUUUCGAUUGUACUGGCGUUUUUGUACCUUUUACCCUUGCAACGCGAUGCUUUAAUUGAUGCGCAUUGGCCGACUUGGAUUGCUUGGGUCGCUUCGGUGAUCUUUGUGCUUUUGGAAAGCGCCGUUGCCAAUAUGAUCCUUUUCGCUGUUCUGGUUCCUUUCUUCCAAGACGCAGUGUUUGAUGCGACUCUUAAAGCCCGCGGUCUUCAACGCAUGUUUGACGGCCGUGUUGAGGUUCCGGGUCUUGUUGCCUGCUGGCGCAAUAUGGGUUCCUCACUCACCUUGGCUUUCAUUCAAGUCUUACUGUUCAUUAUUACUACACCGUUGCAUCUUAUUCCUGUUGUUGGCACGGCUCUCGCUUGUUGUAUCAAUGGCUGGCCGAAAUGCUGGAGCCACUUUAUCCAUUACGAUGUCGAUUUCCGAGGCAUGACCGCAAAAGAAUCCCUAAGAUUUGCUUGGAACCAUCGCAAAUCUUAUUGCCUCUUUGGAACCGUAGCGGUUGCGUUGGAACUUGUCCCUGUGGCUAAUUUGAUCUUUGUCUGGACCAACAUCGUGGGUGCUGCACUAUGGGCGGGUGACAAUUUCGAAAAAGCCGAACAGCUGCCGCGUGGAAUCGGUGCCUCUGGAAAUACCUCGGUGGCUUCCAUCUAUCCUUCCGUGAAGAGUCUCAAUUCUCAUGUGCCUUCCAUGGACAGUGAGCACAGCCGACUUCUUCAAACCGCAAACGCGGCCGAAGGAUACGGAUCGGCUGCUGUGUAACAUCCAGAUACCCAGUUCCUGACUAUGAUACCAAAAUUGAAAAAGUCAAAAUGAGAAGCAUCAGGGCAGAUAUGAAAAUAGAAAUAAUAGCAAGUCAGUAUGGCAGUAUAGCAAAAAUAUCGAUAGUAACGUACCUGCAAACAUCUGACGAGUCUUUUUGGUUGGAAGUACACGUUUCGCAAACCCUAUACACCGUUCUACCUUGUCCGCGGUACCUUACAAUGACAGUGUAACCCUAUUUAUUAUAAUUUUCGCCUGAAAUAUAUCAUGCUUUUGAGUUUGCAGACUGUAAAAUGAGGCGCAUUCAAGCCAAA